AUGUCUGCUUCGCCAUCGACUCUGCCAUCCACGAAGCGACCUCUCGAGGAUCCUUCGUCACCCUCCGGUCCAAACGACCAGCCCGAAGCCAAGCGUCCAGCUCUGGACAAGGUGGUCCGCAGCGAACGCUCCGACACCGACGGCAAGGCCGAUGCUGCCGCUACAAACGGAGAUUCUGUAGUCGUGGAUGCACUCAAUGGGAAAGACUCCGGCUCUGCCAUCGACACGCAGCCCAUCCAGUCAACCGCGUCGCAUGCAGAUCGCGCGACAUCGCAGCCACCCCAGCAGCAAUCUACCCAAGACGAGAGCUCCUGGAUUCAUAUUCGCGCCGUCAUCUCGAGCCCGGAAGCUGCUACUUGUAUUGGCAAAGGUGGGGAAAAUGUCUCCCAAAUCCGUCGUCUUUCCGGUGCCAAGUGCACCGUUAGCGACUAUUCCCGAGGUGCUGUUGAGAGAAUCUUAACUGUCAGCGGUCAACAGGAUGCUGUUGCAAAAGCUUUUGGUUUGAUUAUUCGGACUCUUAACAAUGAACCCCUCGAGGCCCCCUCUACUGCUCAAUCAAAGACAUAUCCUCUCCGUCUCCUUAUCCCCCAUAUCCUUAUUGGUUCCAUCAUAGGAAAAGGGGGUGUCCGCAUUCGCGAAAUCCAAGAAGCCUCUGGUGCUCGUUUGAAUGCUUCUGACGCUUGCCUUCCUCUUUCCACAGAGCGCUCUCUUGUUGUCCUGGGUGUUGCUGAUGCCGUGCACAUUGCAACUUAUUAUGUUGCCGUCACUCUUGUAGAGCAAUUGACGGAGCGAUUCGGCGGCCCUGCUGCGUCUGCUUAUGCUACACGAAGCGGCGGUCCUGCUGGUGUCGUUCCCGGCGGCAUGCAAGUUGUGCCAUAUGUUCCCCAGCCCGCUGGUGGACAGUACGGCCACCCAGACUCGUUCAAGAGACACUAUCCUCAGUCCAACCGACCUCUCCCCGGAUCCUACGGUGCCCCCUACGCCCAUGGUCCUGCUGCACAAGCUCCAGUCACACAGCCUCCCCUUCACUAUGGCGGCUCCUCUCGUGCUCCGUAUGCGGGCGCGGGUCCACACCAGCCUGCUCCUUACGGAGCGCCUCAUGCCCAGCCUCACGGUGCAGCAACUCAACCUCUUUCAGGUGUUGUGCCCAGCCAGCCCAUUACCCAACAGAUCUACAUCCCCAACGACAUGGUUGGCGCCAUCAUUGGUAAGGGUGGUACCAAGAUCAAUGAAAUCAGACACCUCAGUGGCAGUGUGAUCAAGAUCAACGAGCCUCAGGAAAACAGUAACGAGCGUCUUGUCACUAUUACUGGCACACAGGAGUGCAACCAGAUGGCAUUGUAUAUGCUGUAUGCGCGAUUGGAAAGUGAGAAACAUCGUAUCUAA